ACUGGACGGGACGCUUCUUCAGGAACAACAACACCGCUACUCUUUCAACCACCUCGGUAGCUUGCUAGCCAACAUAAAAUUGAAAGAUUUACGCUUUACACCGUGUUUGUGUACAUUAGCUAAUCUCAGUGUUUUAAACACAUUUCUGUUGACUUAUCAACUGAUGACCUUUAACCUAAUUUGCUUGUUCAAUUUGCAAACUUGUUAAAUAUUGAUACUGAGUCUAGCACUAGGCUAGUCGCUAAUGCUAACUAGCUAGCUAACAUCCCCGACCAUGACCUCACUAAACUACUCCUCCCCUGCUAAAGAAGAGGAUGUCUGCUGGACGGAGAAAGAACCUCUGGCGCUGAACAUUGUCGUGGAAGAUGAGGGUGUUACAGUGAAAGAAGAGAAAGAACCCUUUAAAGAGGAAGAGGAUGCUAUUUCAAUAAUGGUGAAGAAGGAAGACGUUUUGGGAGUGAAAGAGGAAGAGACAGAAUAUCAGAUUAACACCAGAGAGAGACGUGACUAUUGUGGAUCCUCUGUGGAGCCUCAACAACAUCCUGAUGCUGACGAGUCAGAGAAGAGUCUCUCCAGAUCAGAACACCAGAUGGACAACGCUAGCCCUUCCACCCUCCUGGAGUCCCCGUGUCGUGCCUCUCCCGGUAGCGCCUUACUGCUGGGUAUGAAGAGGUUGUCUGUGCUGCUGGUGGACUGCAGGAAAACUGGGCUGAGUGGAACUGUGAGAGGAGGAGAAGAGAAGAAAGGAUCAGAUUUGACUCAUCAAAGAGGAAAACCAAACUUGGAGGACCCAAAAACGUCCAAACCAGCAAGACGACACCUCUGCUCCCAGAUUGGGAAGAGUUUUACCAAGUUAGGAAGCCUGAAAAGACAUAAGAGGACACACACAGGAGCGAAGCCACACCAUUGCUCCCAGUGUGGAAAGAGUUUCAAAUUGUUACGAACCCUUAAAGGUCAUGAGCGAAUACACACAGGGGAGAAGCCAUACCAUUGCACCCAGUGUGCAAAGCGUUUUACCCAUUUAGGAAGCCUGAAAGCUCAUGAGCGAAUACACACAGGGGAGAAGCCUUACCGCUGCUCCCAGUGUGGAAAGAGUUUUACCCAGUUAGGAAACCUGAAAGCUCAUGAGCGAAUACACACAGGGGACAAAUCUUACAAAUGCUUAGAUUGUGGAAAGAUAUAUUACUCAUCACAGUCACUUAAAAGUCAUGUGAGAAUCCACACAGGGGAGAAGCCUUACCACUGCUCCCAGUGCGCAAAGCUUUUUACCCAUUUACGAUGCCUGAAAGUACAUGAGCGAAUACACACAGGGGAGAAGCCUUACUGCUGCUCCCAGUGUGGAAAGCGUUUUACCCAGUUAGGAAACCUGAAAGCUCAUGAGCGAAUACACACCGGGGAGAAGCCCUACCUCUGCUCCCACUGUGGAAAGAGAUUUAACCAUUCAGGAAAGCUGAAAGAACACAUGAAACUGCACACAGGUGAGAAGUCUUACAAAUGCAAGUCCAAUAUGAAUGUUCAAUACACACAAUAGGUUUAUCAGUAGCCAGUUAGCUAGAUGUACAGUCCAAUAUGAAUGUUCAAUACACACAAUAAGUUGAUCGGUAGCCAGUUAGCUGCUAAGUCUUAACACCGCUGGCUAUCACAGCUAGCUAUCAACAAAGUUAAAAUGCACUCCAGGCCUCGUGGUGGCAGCAGUGCACUACAACCACUGUUUACCAGAGCUUCCUGAGGGGAAAAGAAUUAGGCUGUAUACAGAUUGAUUAACCACGUUUCCAUCUAUCAAGUUUUUAUUUGAGUAAAGUCAUACCGUAUAAAAAACUCAAGACAGAUGUGAUGGAAACAGGUUUUCAGAAGACUGAGGUGGGUUUUCCUCUAACUUUUUACCUGGGCUUUGCUCCUUUCAUAUUUAUUUUGAUCCUGACAAACUCCCCAAUCCCUGCCAGUGACACGCAUUCCCAUAACAUGAUGUUGCCACCACAGUACUUAUUGUGUGGUUAAUGUGUGGUCUAUCUCCAGGUCAUCAGACUGUUAAAUAGUCACCUCUAGCCGGCCUCCGCCCAGUUCCCUUUCCUGCACUUUAGUCACUGUGAUUAGCCAUCUACCACCCAGUACUCCACCCUGUAUUCUAGUCCAGGCUCAUCCUAUAUAACUACUGCUGUACAUACCUUUUCUAUUCAUAUAUGGUCCGUAAUGUCUUUACACACGUAUACAUUGUAAACAAACUAUAUAUUUAUAUUCCAGACUCUGGCAUUGCUCGUUCUACAAUUUCUAUAUUUAUGAAUCUUUAAAAGGAAUUGUAUGGAUUUACAUGUAUUGUUAGAUAUUACUGCACUGUUUCGCUACACCUGCGAUAACAUCUGAGAAAUAUGUGUAUGAGACCAAUAACAUUUGAUUUGAUCUGGUCAGAGGUGUGCAGACAACAGACAGUGGUAGAGGUGUUUGUGGUGGAGAGGACUGUGGACUCAGUGGAGGACAUCCCAGCCACUUGGCAGUGUUGACACUGCUACUUCCUACCUGACUGGUAAUAGGACUUCACUGCGACUUCCUGUCUGACUGGUAAUAGGACUUCACUGCUAUUUCAUAGUUUUGUCUUCAUCUAUUAUUCUACAAUGUAGAAAAUAGUAAAAAUAAAGAUAAACCCUUGAAUGAGUAGAUAUGUCCAAACGUUUGACUGGUUCUAUAUACUUCUGCUACUGUCACAUAACAAAAUACAAUGUCAGUGUCAGUGUAUGCAUCCUUAGAUGCUGUGGGAAUGUGUUAUAUUGUGUACAUGUUCCCCUUGUAGAUAUUCCUUAACAUCUUAGAUACUAGUACAUUAGUAGUACAUGACAGUGUAAUGGUGUACUACUACAGUACGGUACUGUCUUGACAUCCUCGUUUGAAACGGAAAAGUUUAUUGUCAGAACCAGCCUUCUGGACAUGUGUACUAUAUAAAAUAUCAGGGACUCCUUGAUUCCCCAGAGGUUCUUGUUCUCUACAGUUUAACAUAAACAGUAUUUCCCUCCCCUCUAAAAACAUACUUUUGGAUUAUAAACAUGUCAAUAAAAAAUGAUGACUAAAGUA